GGACCGUGGACACCUCCGGACGCAUCGGUCAUGUUCUGUGAUUCGUGUGUAGACAGCUGUGCUGAGAUGCAGUGGCUCCCCCUGAAGGUACCUGGCCUCAUCUGAACUCCUACCUAUGUUUAUCUACUGCUGACUGGCACCAAAUGCAACAUUGACUCCACACCUCAAGCAGAACACAUGGCUGAUGCUGCAAGGUGAGGACGUGGCUGGGAGUGUGACCUGUAACGUCCCCAGGAUUACAUCACAUGGAGGUCAAAGGACAACUGAUCACAUCCAUGGGACUGGGGGCUCCAGAUGUUCAAGGCUGCCAGGACAGCAAGCUGCAGGCUGAGAGAAUCGCAGCUCUGCAGGAGAGGAAGCAGGCCCUGGAGGCUCUGCUCAGCAGCAGAGUGGUAGAGCUCAAACAAGUCUGUUUGCAGGAAGCAGAGUUGACGGGGAAGCUGCCACGUGUUUUCCCCUUGGAGACAGGAGAGAAACCCCCAUUGGUGCAGCGCAGAACUGGCCUGGUGCCCGACUCCAAGGCAGAGGAUGAGGCGGCCCAGAGGAAGCAGAUGAAAACCAUCUUCACCGGUGCUUUGUACCGGCACUCAGAGUCUGACAGAAAUGUCCCAAACAGCAAGAGGACGGUUCACAGGGGGUGUCACACAGAGGACACUGUCAUGUCAGAGAGUACGAGCUCCAUGUCUGACUCAACAUCCCAUGAUAACGAGUCGUCUCCGAGCGUCGCUGCUGACCAACGCUCUCUGUCGCAGCCUCGCCUCACUGUGGGCAGCCCUGACCACAGAAUCAGCAGGAAACUGUCACCAGUGGAGAUCUACUACGAGAUGAGGACGCGCCGCAAUUCAGUCACAAGCUCUGUCAGCCCAACGCACUCAUUACCAAGAAGUGCAUCGAAUGUUGAAGGCCGAAGUGUUCCAGCGACUCCUCUUUUGGCUCGAACGGCUCCCAUCAGCGUGCACGUCAGGUCGGAUGUUUCAGGGGGUAACGGGUUGAAGCAGUGGUCCGGUAGUCUGGACGUUCCCUACAUGAUCCCGUUGGCUCAGGAGGGCUCGUCGUCCGACCACCGCGGCUGCCCUUACAGCUCCCGUGCCCGUCGCAGUAACAGCUCAGAGGCCCUGCUGGACAGAUCGAGCCUCCCUGAUGAUCCAGCGCCCAGGAACGGGAUGCCCCCCAGAGGAGGACCUUACAAGAGCUCCGAGACACUGACUGACGGGAAGCUGCGCCACAUUCAUUUGGGGAGUCCUGAGAGACACGUGGACAGCUCUGUGGACCAGGCCAAACUGCGCCUCUCCAUGGGGGGCAAAGGGGCAGGGCCAGGCUACAACGAGCUGCUCAUGGACUACAUCUGGGGGAAGCAGCAGAAGAUGCAAGUGCAACACCACCUGUACCAAUCCACGGGCCGGAUCUGGCAGGACAUGUCCUCUCCCCGCUCGUCCACAGCGGCGGUGCCUCCCCACACCAACGGCUUCUCCCAUUCCCAGGUGCACCUCCCCAGCGCUGCACCACCUUACAGCCCCAUGGUCCUACGGGGGUCCCAGGCUGAACUGCGCAGGGUCAAAGUAACCAGAACCAAAUCCUGUGGCCCCUUUAUUCCUUUACAACAACACGGCCAUGACGCUAUUCUCCUGUCGGCCUACGAGUCUCCUCUUCCUGCUUCGGGCACCACCACGUCCUCCAUCCCCAACCUGCACCCCUACCAGACCGAGCUGUCUGGUCCCGCCUUCGGUCGCAGACCCCCACAGUUCUCCCUCCCCACCCCGGAGGACUCAACACGCAGCCUGCAUAAAGCCCUGGCUCUGGAGGGGCUGAGGGACUGGUACCUUAGGAACGCCCUGGGGUACCCUCCUGCUGCCUCCAAAGGCCACGAAGCAGGGGUCUCUCGCCUGUCGCACCCCCACCCUCUGAUGCACCAGGCCCAGUCUGUUCAAGGUGAACCAGCCAACCUGCACCGGCCUCAGAUCCCUCAGUCCGCCAGCUUCCACGGUCACCCGCUGCAUGGAAGGUCGAUGGAGUUCUCUCUGUAUCAGGAGAAUCCACAGACGCAGGAGACGACCCCAAAGGAACCCAGUGCGGACCCGGGUACCCUGGUCUGAAGCAGCGACGCACACACACACACACACACACACACACACACACACACACACACACACACACACACAC